GCUCUCCGUUUGGCCGGGCCAGCGUGAAGAGCAGUAAGCUGGACAGCUCGUCCUACUUCCGCCGCAAGGAGAGGAGAAUGCGUUUCUUCAUCCGUCGCAUGGUCAAAGCCCAGAGCUUCUACUGGACAGUCCUUUGUCUGGUGGGGCUCAACACACUGUGUGUGGCCAUCGUCCACUACGACCAGCCUGAGUGGCUCACCACCGCCCUGUGUAAGUCACACACACGUGUAUGUGCAUGUAGGCAGUAGGCACACACACACAAAAGCAUGCACACACGCACGCACGCAUGCACACACACAUACACACACACAGACGCAAAGACAUGCACACACGCAUGCACAGACACACAUACUUACAUUCACAAUCAAAUGGAUGAUUAUCGGUAGGUGACGAAUUAAAUCAAUAAUGGUCCUUCAUGUGUUCUCCAUCCCUCUGGAACCCCAGACCUGGCAGAGUUUGUGUUCCUGGGUCUGUUCCUGUCUGAGAUGAGCUUGAAGAUGUAUGGCCUGGGAGCCAGAAACUACUUCCAUUCCUCUUUCAACUGCUUCGACUUUGGUGUAAGUCAGCAUAAAUGCCUUUGGAAUACCUUGAAGAGCUAAUUAUUAUCUAUUUCAAAUGCUAACUUAACCUGACUUACAUGGCCACUGGAUCCAUUUUUUAUAUGAUAAUUAAAUGUUGAAUUGAUUCAAUGACAGUGACAGUGAUUUGCUGUCCGAGUAGCAAGUAGUAGCUACUUUGUUACAGUAGUUCUUUCCCCCUUUCUCCUCUUUUCUCCUCUCCCCCUCUACUCCUUUCUCCUCUCCUCCUUUCUCCUCUUUUCUCCUUUCCUCCUCUCCUCUUUUCUCCUCUCCCCGUCUCCCCCUUUCUCCUCUCCUCCUCUCCUCCUUUCUCCUCUUUUCUCCUCUCCUCCUCUCCACAGGUGAUAAUAGGGAGUAUACUUGAGGUGGUGUGGUCUAUGAUCAAACCAGGGGCAUCCUAUGGCAUUAGUGUACUGAGGGCUCUUCGUCUGCUAAGGUUAUUCAAAUUUACCAAGUGAGUGAACACACAUUUGAGUCCACACAUAGGCCUACACACGCUUGCGCUCACUUUGUGUACACUCAUACAGGAUAUCAACAUACAUUCAGAAUCAACAAUGAGCAGAUAUUUUUCCUCAGAGCGAUGUCUGGCAUUGUCUCACUCUGUCAGUGUAUAAUCCUAUUAACCUUUUACUUCAGUGGGCUAAAUCAGGGUCACACAGAGUGUUUCUUGGUAGACUUAAACAAAUGAAACUACUUUGAAACAAAAGUAUACACCUCACACACGGUUAUGGGCUUAAAAAACAGAAGACACCUGUAACAUGUCAGAUAUAGAGUUUAAAUGUAUUCAAUUUAGAGUUUGAAUCCCAAUAUGACACUUUAUAUACAUCACAGAAGACCGAAAUAUCACAAAAUCGUUUGACAUAGAAACACUGGAUUUUCAGCAUAAAAAAAGUAAUGUUUAUUAAUUAAUAACAUUCCACCCAUGAGGCCACAAGGUCAUUUGACUGCAGGAAAGGGCUACAGUUAUAUAUCAAUCAUUUUAUACUCACUAGAUUAAUAAUCCUGUGAUUCACAACAAUAUAGUGGGAUAUUUUGUUCUCUUUACCAACCUCCUGUCCUCUCUAUAUUCUCCCUGUCCAUUCACUAUCACGCACUCUCUCUCUCUCUCUCUCUCUCUCUCUCUCUCUCUCUCUCUCUCUCUCUCUCUCUCUCUCUCUCUCUCUCUCUCUCUCUCUCUCUCUCUCUCUCUCUCUCUCUCUCUCUCUCUCACUCUUCUUUCUUCUUUCUCUUCCUCCUUUCUCUUCUCUCUGUUUUCCCCAGGUACUGGAACUCCCUGAGGAACCUGGUGGUGUCUCUGCUCAACUCCAUGAAGUCCAUUAUCAGCUUGCUCUUCCUCCUCUUCCUCUUCAUUGUGGUCUUUGCUCUGCUGGGCAUGCAGCUCUUUGGAGGA